AUGACAGCUGCCGGAUUAUCUGGUUCGUAUGAUCUGCGAUCAGAUGACUAUGGAACACUUCAACCGGGGGGGAAAGAUCGCGCCGCAAUUUCACUGUCUACGCUGUUCCGGGUCUCCAAGAACAUCACGGACCAUCUCCAAACACACAUAUACCACAGCACCGACUUUCACUUUGGCCUUACAGGGUUCACCAACUUCCUUUGGCAGAGUGGGCCAGAAAAGCGACACGAGAUCAGACGACUCACAUUUCACUUUGGCAAGCUCGCCCUGCUACACUGCAUACGUUGGCUCGCGCCGGAUGCUAUCUUUUUGCUCUUCGAGCCGCCCGUGGCUACUAACCCGCGGUCGUUGCAGUACUUCUGGCGCUGCCAGAUUCAAGAUCUGGUCAAGGACCUACAUCUCUUCACGCUUACCGUCGACAUCAAGCAAAUUGACAGGACGGAUUUGCCAAUGAUGAUUGCUAUUAUGAAGAGCGCAUUUGGCAGUAUUGAAAAGCUGCGAUUCGUGGAGACGGACAACAAAGGAAUAACGACACCAGUGACCUUGGAUGACAAGCGACUGAGCGAGCUGAGAAAGAAGCAUACGUGGAGGCAGAUGUGUUUGGAAUACUACGAGGCACAUCGAGUGCAUUCGUACUUCUAUAAAUUUGAGCUGCUUAAAGGGCAAGUCGAAGAUUUGGAGGCUAUCAUGGCGAAGGAGAACACCUUCUUUAACACUCCAUUUUCGCCAUUGGUGCCGAGAGAAGAAUUUCCGGCCCACGCUCGCAUCUCCCGCACCCUCUUCUUCGCCGCGUCUCGCGUCCAUCGCGGCACUAGCGAAUACUCCUCCAUCGGCGUGAGCUCUUCCUCCUGCUCCUGCUUCGCCACUUCCUCUUCACUGCUCGUCGACGCCGUCGAUGUCGUCGAGGUGUUUGCGCGCUCGAACCAGCCCCGUUGGGGUGGUGAGGGCGUCCGCGAGGGUGAUGUUUGGGCGUUCACUGGUAGUAAUUGGAUCUUCUUGGGGCGCAGUUUGGAGAGCCAUGAGGUGGUUUGUGACGAGGCACCCGAGGAUGUAGAUGUUGAUGAGGGCGUGGGAGAAGGAGAAGAUGGGGUCUGGGAUGUGCGUUUGAACAUGUCUAUUGUUUUGCUUCUGGGCUUGUUGAUGGAUUUUGAGAUUUGA